AUGACUGCUUUGUACCUUUGUUGGAGACUGGCUGUCAUUGCCAUCCCUGCAUUGUUGAUGCUUAUUAUUCCAGGCCUAGUACACGGGAAGCUUUUAGCAGUGGUAGGAGAAAAGAUACAAGAAGCUUAUGCAGUCGUUGGUGGGAUAGCAGAGCAGGCAUUAUCUUCAAUUAGGACUGUUUAUACCUAUGUUGGGGAGGAGCGGACUGUGAAGAACUUUUCAGCUGUAUUAUGUCCAACUCUAAAGCAUGGGACAAAACAAGGGCUGUUGAAGGGAAUGGCUAUUGGUAGUAUUAGAGUUACUUAUGGGGUUUGGGCACUUCAGGGCUGGUAA